AGGCGGUACCGAAAGACCCUCUAUCCAGUCAAACGUCACUCUCUCAUAACUCAUAAUCCACCAAACACACACACAUACAGACACACAAUUCACCAAAAUCACCAUGGCAGUAAAAACCCUAAUUACACUCAUCCUAACCGUAACUCUCAUCUCCACCACCGCACUCGCCACCGAUCCACCGUCAGUCUACGACAUCUUAACAAAAUACGGCCUUCCGUCUGGCCUACUACCAGAUUCCGUCAAAUCAUAUUCACUUUCCGAUGACGGAAGCUUCGUAGUUGAGCUUGAACAGCCUUGUUACAUACAGUUUGAUUAUUUAGUGUAUUACGAUACUAAGAUCACCGGAAAACUUAGUUAUGGAUCUAUAACUGAUUUAGAUGGAAUUCAAGUUAAGAGAUUUUUGUUUUGGUUUGAUGUUGAUGAAAUUAGGGUUGAUUUACCUAGCUCUAAUAAUAUUUACUUUACUGUUGGAAUUAUAAAUAAGAAACUUGAUAUUGAUCAGUUUGAAACUGUUCAUGCUUGUUCCAGUAAUUCGCUUUGUGGACAGGCGAUUUCGAAGCUUCCAGUUAGCCCUGAUGAGGUUGAAAUGCUGAUCACGGAGUAGUGUGACACUAAGAGGUGAUGCUUUACACGUGAAGCUGCAUAAUAGUAGGUAUAUAUGUAUCCUGUGUUUUGAAGUUCAGAAGCCACUGGGCUCAGCUAGUUGUUGAGCCUCGUUGAGCCUCUGUACACGUAUAAAGGCGUAAAGAGCUUAUGGAAUGUCGGAACCUGUACUAUGUUACUAAGAAGUGUAUAAUAUUGUGUCGGAUAUUUUGUGCAAGUGUUUUCUAUUGUGCAAUCGCUAUCGUGUCCUUCAUCGUCUACGUGCUGUAUUUCGUUUACAACUUGAAUGAACCACUUGUGUUAGCAAUUACUUAAUGCCUAUAGUGUUGUGAAUUACCUAUUA